UUUCCUCCUCCUUCUUCCUUCCUUCCUUCCACUGUCUUCGUUGGUUCAUUUAUAGACGCGAAACGCGUUCUCUGGCUGGCUGGAUUGUCCGCCCGGUCUGCCGUACAUACAUGGCGGUGCAAGAUGGCGACCUCUCUAAACCAAGGCCCUUGCUAUAUAUAUAUAAAAGUAUAACUAUAAGGCUAUGAAAACCAAACAAAUUUUAUUUUAUAGCGAUUAUACACUUGUAUAAACAUAUACCUUCAGACUGACAAUAAACCAUGCCAAAUAUUACACACUGGCCCUUUAAUGGCUCAUUUGUGCUUAAUGUCAGAUACGUAUAUGGACCUGGACUGAGCUUUCUGUCCAUAUUCAUUUUGUCCAUAUCUGUGCACAUUUUCUGACCACUGACAAUCAUGUGGGCAGUGUAGCAUAGUCCAAGUCAGCUAUGACUGUAGGACAUGACAAAGGCAUUUAAAAAGUUGUGCAAUUGGUAAUACAGUGAGAAGAAUUCUCUAUCCACGUGUCCCGAUGGCCUCACAAACAACCGCCUUCUACAAUGCUGGCUGAUACAUUAUCACAACCUCCUCCACUGUUGCCUUGAUUGUUGUUGUUGUAAACUUUUGACUCUACCCUCGAGUGCCAUCUAACAGAUGCAUCUAUGCCAACAUGAAGGACACAUGGAAGUAUGUGGGCUGUGACGGUCAUAUCUUUUGAAAUGACUGUAUCUAUUUUCAUACGUAAAAGAGAAUAAAUGAGCCUCAAAGCAACUGAAAACAUAUCACACGACCCCUCGGGCACACUGGGUAUGCAGUUUAUCUACUCUACUGUCUGCAGUUGGUUGCUCAGUUACAGAAAAUACCACGGAGAUGGCGCAAAGUAAGACCAGAGAUUUCUUCGCUUGGACUGACAACAAGCUGGAACUGUUACUAAAAGUAUCAUGAGCAGAAUGGGGUUAAGGUGGUGGAAAACAGAUUGGGAAUUGUUACAUUGUGACAUAUUAGAGUGGUACCAGCAGCAUUAGCCGUAACCGCAGGAAGCCACUGCAAUGGGAAGGAAGUACCCCGACUAGAAGGAUGUUAUCAUGAAAGGUGAGGAGAAGGAGCAACCAGAGCAGCUCAUGGAGUCGAUGGGAUUUGAGGAAGAGGAGCUUCUAGAGUGUUUCCGUUGUGAUCUUGGAUUCUGGGAUGCCUGCUACACAACCGAAACCAACUGCAGUGCAGGGGAGCACUGCUACACGGGCCGAGGGAAGGCAGCUGAUACUCUGGACGUUAAGACUCUGGGUUGUGUGAAAGCAGAUGAGUGCGGUGUGGAGACCACGGUGGAACUCUUCUCUAACAACACCAUCUUUGUCAUGACCAAACACUGCUGCGACACCCCCUUCUGCAACUCGGCACACAGACUUUCAAUCGCCACACUUCUGUGUCUCACUGUGGCUGUGCUAACUACCUGGCACCUCACUGAAGCCUCAACGGGCUCACAAUGAACAACCUGCAUUUAUUUAUUUAUGUUGUCAGAACAAAAAGAGAAAGACUGUGAA